AUGGCUGCUAAGAAACUAAGAAGAGCAAGGUUGUCUCAGGAGCUGUGUGAAAGGCUGAGUCGCCAUCAGAUCACUACCUGUCAGGACUUUCUGUGUCUUUCCCUCUUGGAGCUAAUGAAAGUGACGGGACAGAGCUACUAUGAUGUGCAGAAGCUUCUUUGUAAAGUCAGCCGAGCUUGUGCUCCCAAAAUGCAGACAGCUUAUGAAAUGAAACUGAGGAAGUCUGUCAAUCCCUCUUCAGCCUUUUUAUCUACCACUCUGCAUAGUUUGGAUGAAGUCUUGCAUGGUGGAGUGCCCUGUGGAUCCCUCACAGAGAUAACUAGCCCACCAGGUUGUGGCAAAACUCAAUUUUGUAUUAUGAUGAGUGUUCUGGCUACACUGCCUGUAAGCAUGGGAGGACUAGAUGGGGCUGUUAUAUACAUUGACACAGAGUCUGCAUUCAGCGCUGAAAGGUUGAUUGAGAUAGCAGGAAACAGAUUCCCUACUUACUUUGACUCAGAGGAAAAGCUGUUCUGCAUGACCCGUAGCAUUCACCUGUAUCGAGAGCUGACCUGUGGCAGUGUACUGAAGAGGAUUAUGUCUUUGGAAGAAGAAAUUAUUUCAAAGAAAGUUAAACUCAUAAUAAUUGACUCUGUUGCUUCAGUUGUCAGAAAGGAGUUUGACACAAAACUCCAAGGCAACCUGGCAGAGAGAAGUAACUUUUUGGCUAGAGAAGCAUCAAUGCUGAAGUAUUUGGCAGAGGAGUUCUUAAUACCAGUUAUCUUGACGAAUCAGAUUACCACAUCGUUGAGCAAUGGCUUUGCGAUCCAGGCAGACCUGGUGUCUCCAGCUGAUGAUUUGUCCCUGUCUGAAGGAGCUUCUGGAAGUGGGAAGAGGGAAUCUGGUUGUGUGACAGCAGCCCUCGGCAACACAUGGAGUCACAGUGUCAACACCAGGCUCAUACUACAAUAUCAUGACUUGCCGAUAAGACAGCUCCUGGUUGCUAAAUCCCCCGUUGCUCCAUUCUCUGCUUUUUUCUACACCAUUGAGAAAUCAGGCUUGGUUCUUCAAGAUGGAAAGGACCAAACAAAUUUAACCUGGGAAGGAACCAAUCCUGCUCUGCAGACCAUACGAGUGAGGAACACUGCCUUGAAAGAUACUUCACUUGAUGCUGCUUUACCCAGCACUAUUGGUGAAACUCCGAACAAUACAUCCAAUCUAUAG